AUGUAUGAGAUGGUCUGUUGCAGCGCAACGCCGAAGCAGUCACAAACUCGCUCAUCGACAGCAAUCAGUCGAAGUCCAUCAACGGCCGCCGGAUUGCAUUUGCAGCUCGGUGGUGGUCUACUGAGCCCGUCGAUGGCUGCUGCUGCAGCAGCAGCAGCAGCGGGAAGCAACCUUCCACCUCCACUUCAAGGAUCUCUGCCAAGCAGCGCCUUGCCUCCCGGUGUGCUUGGCUCCUCGAUACCUCUGGCCCCUAAUUUGCCCGGUGCAACUGCUUCGAUCACCAAUGGUACCAGUGAAGCAGCUGCGCAAGCCGCUAUGUAUGCCGCGCUACAAAAUGCGCAACAAAAUGCAGCAGUUGCAGCAGCAGCGGCCGCCGGCCUUCCGAAUGGUACCCUUUCAUCAGCUCCUUAUCUACUGCCCGCAGCUGCCCAGCAGCAUCCGCUUUCGGCAGUCACUUCACAGGCUCAGUCAGUUUAUCCAUCACAGCGAUUAUUCGAUCCCGGAAUGACCGCCGUUUUGCAGCAAAUGCAGUCGAUGGAAGCACUGCGACAGUCUGCAGCAGCAGCGCAAAUGAACGCUGCAGCAGCCGCUGCAGCGGCACAUGUUCCUGUAAGUGGUGGCGCAUCAGCGACGCCGUCAUCCAUCGACCUGGUCCGUCUGCAGAUGGAGCAGCAAAUGAUGGAA